UUGCUGUAUAUAUUGCUUGCCGCCAAAAAGGCUCAUUCUUCUUUACAGAAACCCAUUUCAUAUCAAAUCUCUGGUCCUGUCAUUGUUCAAAAACCUUUGAACAUCCAAAACCAAGCAUUGGAAGUGAUUUGUAGAGAUGGGUACCUGCGUUCGCCUCCAUACUGCAUUGCUUUCAUUGUUGAUCUUCCUCAGUUUAGGUUCAAGUAUUGCACGGACUCCAUAUUUUGAAGCAAACCAAGAAGACUAUGUACUGCAAAAUCAAGAAGAACAAAUACCCUACUUUUCAACUUCAAUAUCCAACACUCAACUGGACACAAUCCCCAUUGUGAAUCCAACCACCCCAGUGGGCGGCACAACUCCAACCCAGACCCCGAUUGUGGAUCCAACAUCACCGCCAGCACAAACAAUCCCUACCGGACCGACCAUAACGCCUACAACCCCAACCAUAACGCCCACAACCCCAACCAUAACGCCCACAACCCCAACAACCACAGGCGGUGGAAGUUGGUGCAUAGCAAGUUCAAGUGCUUCCCCAACCGCUUUGCAGGUAGCUCUUGACUAUGCUUGCGGAUAUGGGGGCGCGGAUUGCUCGGCAAUUCAAACGGGAGGUAGUUGCUUUGAGCCCAACACUAUGCGAGACCAUGCUUCUUAUGCCUUCAACCAGUACUACCAGAAGAAUCCAGCACCCACAAGCUGCGUGUUUGGAGGAACUGCGCAGCUCACCAGCACAGACCCAAGCAGUGGAAAUUGUCGCUACGCAGCAUCAAGAUCAACGCCGAGUACAUGGGGGGGUCUUGGAAAGCAAACUCCGAUUCCGAUUGCCGAGUUUAUAGGAACUAAGAAGAUAUGGCGGUGCCGUUGCUGACGAAGAAGAUCGUUAAGAAGCGGGUUAAGCAGUUCAAAAGGCCCCAGAGUGACCGCAAGAUCUCUGUCAAAACAAACUGGCGUAGACCAAAGGGUAUUGAUUCUCGUGUUCGACGGAAGUUCAAAGGAUGCACUUUGAUGCCAAACAUUGGUUAUGGUACUGACAAGAAGACCCGUCAUUAUCUUCCUAAUGGAUUCAAGAAGUUCGUUGUGCACAACGUCAAGGAGCUUGAACUGUUGAUGAUGCACAAUAGGACUUACUGUGCUGAGAUUGCACAUGAUGUUUCCACAAGAAAGAGGAAGGAGAUUGUGGAGAGAGCUGCCCAGCUCGAUGUAGUUGUCACCAACAAGCUUGCUAGGUUGCGCAGCCAGGAGGAUGAAUGAGCCUAGAUUCUCUUUUUGUUUCGUUAGUGCUGUCUUUUUAAUACCGUUCCAUGAAUUUGACAUCGCCUCAGAAUUGGCUUGCUGUAUUUCUAUUCUGUUGGAUGUCUUUUUAUUCGACUGUGAUUUCUAAUUCCAUUUGUCAUUUUUGGUUUAUUCA